AAUCAUUGUUAUUCGUCGUCACGGUUAGACGAAAUUUGGGUUGGCAACACACGUCCAUGUUUGACAUUUCGAUUUAUUUUUUGUGUUAAAAAUGUUAAAACCGAAGGCUUUGACCCAAGUUUUGAGUCAGGCGAACACCGGCGGCGUCGAAAACACCUUGUUAUUGAACCAAGAGGGGGCCCUUUUGGCGUACAGUGGCUACGGUGAUAGAGACGCACGGGUGACUGCAGCCAUCGCUAGCAAUAUUUGGAGUGCGUAUGAGAAAAACGGUCGCAAUGCUUUUAGGGAGGAACACCCGCAAAUGGUCCUAAUCGAGUGCACUGAUGGACGAAUUGCCAUAACACAAGUUGCCAAUUUGUUGCUUUGUUUGUACGCUAAAAACAACGUAGGUUUCGGGAUGUUGAAAGAAAAGGCGAAUGCUUUGGCCAUUUAUUUGGAAAAUCCACUGAAACAAGUGGCUACGUCUUAGGUUAGGCUUUUUGUUAAUAAAUGAUUUGAUUGCACAA